UGCGAUCACAAAACUCAAAGUGUAGAGAUAAAAACAGAUACUGAAGGUAAAAUAAAAGCAAAGGAAUAUUGUAGAACAUUAUUUGCCUAUGAAGGUACUAAUGAAGAUGAACUUACAUUUAAAGAGGGGGAGAUAAUCCAUUUGAUAAGUAAGGAGACUGGAGAAACUGGCUGGUGGAAAGGUGAACUUAAUGGUAAAGAAGGAGUAUUUCCAGACAAUUUUGCUGUUCAAAUAAGUGAAUUGGAUAAAGAUUUCCCAAAACCAAAGAAACCACCACCUCCUAUUAAGGGUCCAGCUCCAAAGCCUGACUUGAUUGCUGCGGAGAAGAAGUAUUUUCUGUUAAAGCCUGAAGAAAAAGAUGAAAAAUCAGUGCUGGAACAAAAACCUUCUAAACCAGCUGCUCCACAAGUCCCACCCAAGAAACCCACUCCACCCACCAAAGCCAAUAAUAUAUUGAGAUCCUCUGGAACAACGUACCCAAAGCGACCUGAAAAACCAGUUCCCCCACCACCUCCUAUAGCCAAGAUUAAUGGGGAAGUUUCUAUCAUUUCAUCAAAGUUUGAAACUGAGCCCGUAUCAAAACCAAAGUUAGAUUCUGAACAGUUGCCACUUAGACCAAAAUCAGUAGACCUUGACUCAUUUACAGUAAGGAGCUCUAAAGAAACAGAUGUUGUAAAUUUUGAUGACAUAGCUUCCUCAGAAAACUUGCUACAUCUCACAGCAAAUAGACCUAAGAUGCCUGGAAGAAGGCUGCCUGGCCGCUUCAAUGGUGGACAUUCUCCAACUCAGAGCCCAGAGAAAAAUUUGAAGUUACCAAAGGAAGAAGAUAGUGCCAAUGUAAAGCCAUCUGAAUUGAAAAAGGAUACAUCCUACUCUCCAAAGCCAUCUGUGUAUACAACUUCAAGUGCAUCUAAAGCAAAUUCAGCUGCAUUCUUAACUCCAUUAGAAACCAAAGCUAAACUAGAGGCAGAUGAUGGGAAAAAAAAUUCCCUGGAUGAACUCAGAGCCCAGAUUAUUGAAUUGCUGUGUAUUGUAGAAGCGCUAAAGAAGGAUCAUGGGAAAGAACUGGAAAAACUGAGAAAAGAUUUGGAAGAAGAGAAGGCUCUUAGGAGUAAUCUAGAGAUGGAAAUAGAGAAGCUGAAGAAAGCUGUCCUGUCUUCUUGAGGUGGUGCGGACCCAAAGGUUUUUAAUGCUACAAAGAUUCAGAAGCAACACUAUGGACUUCAACUGACUUCUUACUUAACAAAUGCUGGUGUUGUGAUAAAUAUUAGCAUAUGAACUAUAAUAUCUAUGGAAAUGUAAGGGGGGGUGAAAUUUUUUUUAUAUAUUUUGUUUUGCCAAUAUGAAAAAAAGAGGCCUUAUUUCUUACUGUGCUGGGAUUGCAGACUUUUUUUUAUCUGUUUGCUUGAAAAUACUACUGAAUCUGUAUAAAAAGGAAAGAAAGUUCACAAUAGUUUUUUAUUGAAACUUGUAGUAUUAUUUUUAAAGAGAUCUAUACUAUAAAUAUGGUAUUAUCUUUACAAGUAAUCUGUAAGAUAAACUAUUUGAGAGGUUCAAAUUAGCUUUAUAGUAACUAUAGUCACUACUUUUCCCAUAGUGCAUAAGAGAUAUAGACUUUGUGGGUGUAUAUAUACGUAUUUACUUCUGGCUUCUUACCCAGGAUUACACUGUUGUGCCUGUUUGUCUGCAGUGCUGUUAAUAUUUUGGGUGGUGAAAUAGUUUCCUAGCUGUAAACCAUAUUACCCACCCAUGCAUAUAGUGAUGACUAGUGAAUUAAUCAAAAUAUUCAACUUUUAAAAUAUUUUAUAUUGCUUGCACUAUGGCAUUCAUAAGAGGAAUUUAGUUAAAAUGUUUUGGGUUGUUAAACAUAUUGGAAAUGUGAGCUUUAUUUUAAAUUUAUUAAGUCUAAGGAAUCUAAAAACAUCAGUUUAACCACUUACUUGUGC